UGCUGCUGCUGCCGUUGGCUCUCAUUCUCCUCCUCCUCCUCUUCUCUCCUCCUCUCCGCUCCUCUCUGCUCUUCUCUCCUCCUCUCUCCUCCUCCUCCUCCUCCACCUCCUCCUCCUGCUCCCCCUUUCUCUCCCCCUCUUUCUCUCUUUUCUUUCUCCCCCGUCCCCCGCCCCCUCCCCCCAGGCCUGAUGAGCAGGUCUCGCGCCUCCAUCCAUCGGGGGAGCAUCCCCGCGAUGUCCUAUGCCCCCUUCCGAGAUGUACGGGGACCCCCUAUGCACCGAACCCAAUACAUUCAUUCCCCGUAUGACCGUCCUGGCUGGAAUCCUCGGUUCUGCAUCAUCUCGGGGAACCAGCUGCUCAUGCUGGAUGAGGAUGAGAUACACCCCCUUCUGAUCCGGGACCGGAGGAGCGAGUCCAGCCGCAACAAACUGCUGAGACGCACGGUCUCCGUGCCGGUGGAGGGGCGGCCCCACGGCGAGCAUGAAUACCACUUGGGUCGCUCGCGGAGGAAGAGUGUCCCAGGGGGGAAGCAGUACAGCAUGGAGGCCGCCCCCGCUGCGCCCUUCCGGCCCUCGCAAGGCUUCCUGAGCCGAAGACUGAAGAGCUCCAUUAAACGGACGAAGUCGCAACCCAAACUUGACCGGACCAGCAGCUUUCGCCAGAUCCUGCCUCGCUUUAGAAGUGCUGACCAUGACCGGGCCCGGCUGAUGCAGAGCUUCAAGGAGUCACACUCCCAUGAGUCCUUGCUGAGCCCCAGCAGUGCGGCGGAGGCCCUGGAACUCAACUUGGAUGAAGAUUCCAUUAUCAAGCCAGUGCACAGCUCCAUCCUGGGCCAGGAGUUCUGCUUUGAGGUAACAACGUCAUCAGGAACAAAAUGUUUUGCCUGUCGGUCUGCAGCGGAGAGGGACAAAUGGAUCGAGAAUCUACAGCGGGCAGUGAAACCCAACAAGGACAACAGCCGCCGGGUAGACAAUGUGCUGAAGCUGUGGAUCAUAGAGGCCCGGGAACUGCCCCCCAAGAAGCGGUACUACUGCGAGCUCUGCCUGGAUGACAUGCUGUACGCACGCACCACUUCCAAGCCCCGAGCGGCCUCGGGGGACACCGUCUUCUGGGGCGAACACUUCGAGUUUAACAACCUGCCGGCUGUCCGAGCCCUGCGGCUGCAUCUGUACCGUGACUCAGACAAAAAGCGCAAGAAGGACAAGGCGGGCUAUGUCGGCCUGGUGACUGUGCCGGUGGCCACCCUGGCUGGGCGCCACUUCACAGAGCAGUGGUACCCUGUGACCCUGCCUACGGGCAGUGGGGGGUCUGGAGGCAUGGGCUCGGGUGGAGGUGGGGGCUCCGGGGGCGGCUCCGGGGGCAAGGGCAAAGGAGGCUGCCCAGCGGUGCGGCUGAAGGCGCGGUACCAGACCAUGAGCAUCCUGCCCAUGGAGCUGUACAAAGAGUUCGCGGAGUACGUCACCAACCACUACCGGAUGUUAUGCGCGGUGCUGGAGCCAGCUCUGAACGUCAAGGGCAAGGAGGAGGUGGCUAGCGCGCUGGUCCACAUCCUGCAGAGCACGGGCAAGGCCAAGGACUUCCUCUCUGACAUGGCCAUGUCCGAGGUCGACCGGUUCAUGGAACGGGAACACCUCAUAUUCCGCGAGAACACGCUUGCCACUAAAGCCAUAGAAGAGUACAUGAGGUUGAUUGGUCAGAAAUACCUCAAGGAUGCCAUCGGGGAGUUCAUCCGCGCUCUUUACGAAUCCGAGGAGAACUGUGAGGUUGAUCCCAUCAAGUGCACAGCAUCCAGUCUGGCAGAGCACCAGGCCAACCUGCGCAUGUGCUGUGAGUUGGCCCUGUGCAAGGUGGUCAACUCCCAUUGCGUGUUCCCGAGGGAGCUGAAGGAGGUGUUUGCAUCCUGGAGGCUGCGCUGUGCAGAGCGGGGCCGGGAGGACAUCGCCGACAGGUUGAUCAGCGCCUCGCUCUUCCUGCGCUUCCUCUGCCCGGCCAUCAUGUCGCCCAGCCUGUUUGGGCUUAUGCAGGAGUACCCGGACGAGCAAACCUCACGUACCCUCACGCUCAUCGCCAAGGUCAUCCAGAACCUGGCCAACUUUUCCAAGUUUACCUCAAAGGAGGACUUUCUGGGUUUCAUGAAUGAGUUUCUGGAGCUGGAGUGGGGUUCUAUGCAGCAGUUCCUGUACGAGAUCUCCAACCUGGACACGCUGACCAACAGCAGUAGCUUCGAGGGCUACAUCGAUUUGGGCCGAGAGCUCUCCACACUGCACGCCCUGCUCUGGGAGGUGCUGCCCCAGCUCAGCAAGGAGGCCCUCCUGAAGCUGGGCCCGCUGCCCCGGCUCCUCAACGACAUCAGCACGGCCCUGAGGAAUCCCAACAUCCAGAGGCAGCCAAGCCGCCAGAGCGAGCGGCCCCGGCCUCAGCCUGUGGUGCUGCGGGGGCCAUCGGCUGAGAUGCAGGGCUACAUGAUGCGGGACCUCAACAGCUCCAUCGACCUUCAGUCCUUCAUGGCUCGAGGCCUCAACAGCUCCAUGGACAUGGCUCGCAUCCCCUCCCCGACCAAGGAGAAGCCACCUCCACCGCCGCCCGGUGGGGGUAAAGACCUGUUCUAUGUGAGCCGGCCACCCCUGGCCCGCUCCUCACCUGCCUACUGCACGAGCAGCUCGGACAUCACGGAGCCGGAGCAGAAGAUGCUGAGUGUCAACAAGAGCGUGUCUAUGCUGGACCUGCAGGGUGAUGGGCCUGGUGGGCGCCUCAACAGCAGCAGCGUUUCCAACCUGGCGGCCGUCGGGGACCUGCUGCACUCGAGCCAGGCCUCUCUGACUGCUGCCUUGGGGCUGCGGCCUGCACCUCCAGGACGCCUCUCCCAGGGGAGCGGCUCAUCCAUCACAGCAGCUGGCAUGCGACUCAGCCAGAUGGGUGUCACCACAGAUGGCGUCCCUGCCCAGCAGCUCCGCAUCCCCCUCUCCUUCCAGAACCCUCUCUUCCACAUGGCGGCUGAUGGGCCAGGGCCCCCUGGAGGCCACUCAGGGGGUGGUGGCCAUGGCCCACCCUCCUCCCAUCAUCACCACCACCACCAUCACCACCACCGAGGUGGGGAGCCUCCAGGGGACACCUUUGCCCCAUUCCACGGCUACAGCAAGAGCGAGGACCUCUCCUCGGGGGUCCCCAAGCCCCCCGCUGCCUCCAUCCUCCACAGCCACAGCUACAGUGAUGAGUUUGGCCCCUCUGGCACUGACUUCACUCGUCGGCAGCUCUCACUCCAGGACAACCUGCAGCACAUGCUGUCCCCUCCCCAGAUUACCAUCGGUCCCCAGAGGCCUGCCCCCUCGGGGCCUGGGGCUGGGGGUGGUGCGGGCAGCGGGGGCGGUGGGGGUGGGGGCCAGCCGCCUCCGCUGCAGAGGGGAAAGUCCCAGCAGUUGACGGUCAGCGCAGCCCAGAAGCCCAGGCCGUCCAGUGGAAACCUGCUACAGUCCCCAGAGCCCAGUUACGGCCCUGCCCGCCCACGACAGCAGAGCCUCAGCAAGGAGGGCAGUAUCGGGGGCAGUGGUGGCAGUGGUGGUGGCGGAGGUGGGGGCCUCAAGCCCUCCAUCACCAAGCAGCAUUCUCAGACACCUUCCACGCUGAACCCCACGAUGCCAGCCUCGGAGCGGACAGUGGCCUGGGUCUCCAACAUGCCUCACCUGUCUGCCGACAUCGAGAGUGCCCACAUCGAGCGGGAGGAGUACAAGCUCAAGGAGUACUCGAAAUCUAUGGAUGAGAGCCGACUAGAUAGGGUGAAGGAGUACGAGGAGGAGAUCCAUUCACUGAAAGAGCGGCUGCACAUGUCCAACCGGAAGCUGGAAGAGUACGAGCGGAGGCUGCUGUCCCAGGAGGAGCAGACCAGCAAGAUCCUGAUGCAGUAUCAGGCGCGCCUGGAGCAGAGCGAGAAGAGGCUGAGGCAACAGCAGGUGGAGAAGGACUCGCAGAUCAAGAGCAUCAUUGGCAGGCUGAUGCUGGUGGAGGAGGAGCUGCGCCGGGACCACCCCACCAUGGCUGAGCCCCUGCCUGAACCCAAGAAGAGGCUGCUCGACGCUCAGGAGAGGCAGCUUCCCCCCUUGGGUCCAACAAACCCGCGUGUGACGCUGGCCCCACCUUGGAACGGCCUGGCCCCCCCAGCCCCGCCCCCCCCACCCCGGCUGCAGAUCACGGAGAACGGCGAGUUCCGAAACACCGCAGACCACUAGCCCACCCAGCAUCACAGACCUCCGCCUCCUCCUGCCCCCACCCCAGAACAGCACCAACCACCAAGACUGGACGUCACCGAGGGACUCCCUGAAGGCCUCCUUGGGGAGCACAGGCCCCUGCCCCCAUCGCACCAUUUCCAGGAGGGAAGGGGGUACCCUCAACUGCCCUCUUUCCCUUACUGUUGGGGUGCUGCCGCCUCUCUGACACCCCUUCCCCCCCCAACCUUGCCCCAGGACACCGCCAGCCCUACACAGACCCCUCUACUCCGGGGUGCUAUCCCCAUCCUCUGCCUCAUCAGUCCCCUGAACACUGGGGGACAGACCCUCACCCCUGCCCUGGGGGUGUGGCACCUCCAAACUUUCAACUUCAGGGUGAUUUUUUAGCAGUAACCAGAGCUGACAAUCUAACUCCCCUGCACCGCCCCAUUUUGGCCUCCCCUACCCCCCUUGUUAUGGGGAGGGGACCCCGGGUGAGGGGGCCCUAUUACCCCUUGAUUUCUCAGGAGCGUCUGGGGGGGGCUCAGCACGCACAAACUCCCUUCUCCUUCCACUCUCACAUUUACUCCCUCCCCACCCAGAACCCAGAUGGGGUGGAAGGGGCCAGCGGGGCAGGGAGGGGGCGGCAAGGGGGGAAUGGGAGUCUUCUCCCCUUCUUCCCACACCUGAUCUGCUCUCGGCUGGUCCCAGAGCGGGGUGAGGGGGCUUAGGCCCCCCCCUCCCCCAGUGUGUUGGGUGGGGUGGAAUUGAGAUAGGAUGAGGGAUGUAGGAGGGUGUGUGUGUGGGCGGGGACAGGCCAGUUGGCCCUCCUCCCCCAACAGUCUCCUCUCCUCUCUCUCGGUCUCUACUCCCAGGGGGAGGGGGGAACUUACUCUAGGAAAAGCCAUGUCUCUCUCCCCCAGGGUGGGGGACCUAUGUUGGAGGAGGGGUGUUGGGGGGCCCUUAAUGCCUCUGUCCCCCUGGGGGGGUAGGACAGGGCCGGGCUUCCCUCCCACCCUCCCCCGCCCCCUCCCCCCUCGCCUCCUCCCCACCCGCCAGUCCACAUCGGUGUUUCUCUGUACAUAGCUCUCUGGCGGGACGGGGAGGUAGGAUGGAUGGGGCUUGGGGCGGGCUGGCCGUGGGAAGGAGAAGCCCCUCCUUGGCACACCCCUCUUGCGGACUGCUGUCCCCGGCCCAGUCUCGGUCCCUCAUCCUUGCGUUUGAUAUUGAGACUUCCCAGACCCCACCCUUCUUUCUUUUGUAUGGACAGUUCUCCCUCAGCCCCAUCCCCCUACACACAUACACCCAGCCGGGGCCAAAUUUAUACUUAUAUAAAAGUUGUAAAUAUGUGAAAUUUUAUCCCUGUGCCCUCUCUGCUUUCCCACCUCAGGCCCUGCCCUAGGACCCCUUUCUCUCUUUGGCUGUUGUAAUUAUCUGGGGUUUGUACUGUACAUAUUCGGGGUGUGUGUGUGUGUGUGUGUGGGCUGGGGGCAACCCUUCUGUACAGAGCUUCCUGGCCCCUGCCCCCGCCCCGCCUCUCCCACCCAAAGGGUAGGGAGCUCUUUCUACCCGUUUUGUUUUGUUUUCUCGUUCUCUCUCCCCUUCCCACUCCCAACCUUCUCUGUCCCCAACCACUGGCCCCUUUCUCCCAGCCCCAUUUCCUUUUUUUCUGGAGUGUGUGGUGAAACAGAAAAAUCAUGUUUAAUAAACGGAGAUUGUUCUUUUA